AUGGGCAAGCACUAUUCUUCGGCGCCAAUCAGCACUGUAUCCUCGACUAGUAACAUUGACAAAGAGGGUGGAAAAUACCUCGGCGGUCUCCGACCUGGCGAGUCAGUUGUUUUUGCUUGCCUCGAGGUGGUUAUCUGUGCCUUGGCACGCUAUCAACCUGCUGUGUUGGAAGUGGCAUCAUCUACCACUGUUCCCACAUCUUCGACAGCAUCUGGUAUAAUCAUAAAAUCUCUCCACAUCUCUUGUCUUUACCAGUUUUAG